UUGUAACCGGCGUAUUAGAUUCAGCCGGAUUUAUCUAGAUCUGAGGGGUAUCAAACUUGAAAACACCUCCGGUACCGCCACUGCAGUUCUUUCUUUUUCCAAAAGCAGUAUCCAGUGCGAAAUACAGAAACUCGGAUCGGGAGUGAAUAGAGAGAGAUCUUACUAUAGAACUGAUUAUAAAUACACAACAGAGGGAUGUGAAGGACUGUCAUCUGUAGCAGCAGCUCCCAACGAACGAGCGGCAACAUUGAAAUCUUCUAGAAGAAUAGCUUCCGAUUAAGGAAUUGCUGAUUGGCAAUGAAGAAAACGGCUCCGGUGAGGAAGCCUCACACAUCGACGGUAGAUCUGCUCACGUGGUCGGAGAAUCCGUCGGAAUAUUCCCCUGCACCGGUCUCGGAGCCCCGCUCUCACCAGGUAACCGAUAAUUUUACUGUCCUCGGGUUCCUCUGGUUUUUUGUUCAAAUUUGUGCUUAAAAGUUUCGGCGAGAUGAAAGCCGUCGGAUGGGAUGAGAAAGGUGGUGGUUGGAGGUCAGGUCACUGAUGAAGAGGUUGAGAGCUUGAACAAAAGCUACGAUAGUGAAGAUUUUGGCUGCAAUCAUGUUCGGUUAAUUGUGUUCAUGUCAAUUGGAGAAAAUAAUCAAAAUAUCUCGAUCUCUGUGGUUUCCCCCUCUGUAUCUACGAUCACGAGAAUCACAUGAAAAUUCACUGAAUUUUGGAUUUAUGCAUUUGAACGACAUCGUUUCAAUUUAGCGCCUGCAGAAAACAUGGCACUUUGAGGAAAGGGAAAACAUAACACACAGUAAGAAAGGUUGUGAGAUGGAGAAAAUUAAGCGCCAGACGGCAAUCCAAUGCGCCAAAGCUGCGGUGUUGUUGUAUUCUCUUAAAACCUCCACAAUCUAUUCAACCUCUGAGGCAAUGGUUCAUCAAUUCGAGGUAAGGCACGUGCCACCCUAUGAACGGGGGUUUUAAAUUUCAGGGGAAUCAAACCCCUACAGUACUACCCCUGCAGUUCCUUCUUUUUCCAAAAGCAGUAUCCACGCGUAAGGCCAAAAAUAGAAGCUCGGAUCGGGAGUGAGUAGAGAGAGAGAGAUCUCACUGUAGGACUAUAAAUAGACAAAGUGAGAAGGACGGACUGUCAUCUGUAGCAGCAGCUCCCAACGAACGAAUGAACGAGUAGCAACGUUGAGAUCUUCGAGAAGAAUAGCGUACGAUUCAGGUUCCGGAUCUCGUUCCCUCGGUUGAUUCAAUUGUGUGUUCGAUUGAAGGCACGAAGCGCAGGAUUUUUAUUGCAUUUUGAGUUUUUGUUGUUACUUUUUGCGUGGAGAAGGAAUUGUUUGGUUGAGAAUAGUUGAUUGGCAAUGAAGAAAACGACUCCGGUGAGGAAGCCUCACACUUCGACGGCAGAUCUGCUCACGUGGUCGGAGAAUCCGUCGGAAUAUUCCCCUGCACCGGUGUCGGAGACACGCUCUCACCAGCCGUCAGAUGGGAUCAGAAAGGUGGUGUUUGGAGGUCAGGUCACUGAUGAAGAGGUUGAGAGCUUGAACAAAAGGAAACCAUGUUCCGGCUAUAAAAUGAAAGAAAUGACCGGAAACAGCAUUUUCAAAGUGAAAGGAGAAACAGGAGCAUCCGAAACUGAGGAUGCUGAUCAGACCCCAGUUAACAAAACUGGUGUGCGUAUGUAUCAGCAAGCAACAGCAGGUAUCAGCCACAUUUCCUUCAGUGAGGAAGAAACAGUUUCGCCUAAGAAGCCAAUCACACUCGCGAAACAGCGCGAAUUGAGCGGAAAUCUGGAGAGUGACUACGAUGCUAAAAUGAAGAAACAAAAUUCUUUAGCCAAAAACAAGGAGCUCAGCGGGCAUAAUAUCUUCGCCCCGCCACCAGAAAUUCAGCCCCGCCCGGCGGCUCCUCGAGCUCUGGCAUUACGAGAAAGCAUUUCCAUUGGAGAGACUACACCACAUAAUGGUGGUGGAGGCCAUGGAAAUGGUGGUUCAGUGAGCAAGACAGCAAAGAAGAUCCCUAACCAAAAGUUUUCGGAGCUUUCUGGGAACAACAUUUUUAAAGGAGACGAGCCCCCGGCAUCGGCCGAGAAGUCUCUUAGUUCAGCUAAGUUGCGGGAGAUGAGUGGCAGCGACAUUUUCGCCGACGGGAAAGUGGAAACAUGCGACUAUUUUGGAGGCGUCCGCAAGCCUCCCGGCGGGGAGAGCAGCAUUGCACUCGUCUAAUCGGUUAGCUACCUAACAACUCAAACUCGGGAUUUGUUUAUUUUUAAAUGAUUGAUUUAUUUUUGAAUAAUAUUAUUUUAUCCAACGUAUCUAAUUAGGAUACCUUGCAUUUUUACUUGUUUUCGACUAAACUAGAUUCAUUGGAAGGAUUCCAUCUUCUUUUCCUUUACGUACAUGUAUUUAGGAAAAUUUUUUAAUAUCCCAAUAUAAUAUAGAAG